ACCCCCUUGAACCUCACCUGCGCUUCCAAUGGGGGUCCACAGCUGAUCGAUCAGUAACUAAUUGGGAGCCAAACCCGUUCGGAUCUCACAGUCGAUUACCGAUCGUCACCAGAAGAUGUGGACGCCUCUGCAGUUUUCCCUGCUAAUCAUUCCGCUGGCAUGUGUUUUUGGCCAGCAUUCGGAUAUGGAUAUAGUCAUGUCCUGCACGAGAUAUAAGAAGAGUGUUUUUGAGGAGACAAUCUCCUACGGUUUCCUGCUCCCAGGUGCUCCGAUCGAGAGCCGGGUCAUCGACAAUUGCAGGAGCUACACGCCCUUAAUUGUAGGUGGUCAUCCGGCCCAGCCUCGGGAAUUUCCGCACACGGCACGCUUGGGACGUCGUCAAGAUCUGUUCAGUCGUACCGACUGGUUUUGCGGUGGCGUUCUGAUCAGCGAGCGGUUCGUCUUAACCGCUGCCCACUGUCUGGAAUCGGAAAAAGGAGAAGUAAAUGUGGUGCGAUUGGGCGAACUCGAUUUUGAUACGUACGAAGAUGAUGCGGCGCCCAGGGAUUAUAUUGUUUCCGGAUAUGUAAUCCAUCCGGGCUAUGAGGAUCCCCAGUACUACCAUGAUAUAGGACUAAUCAAGCUGAUGGAGGAUGUUAUCUUCGAUCUCUAUAAGCACCCCGCCUGUCUUCCGUUUCAGGAUGAACGCUCCUCCGACUCCUUUAUAGCCGUUGGCUGGGGAAGCACAGGACCUGCGCUAAAGCCCUCGGCCAAGCUGCUCAAAGUGAAGCUGGAGCAGUACAGAGAUGGGGUGUGCAAAAAACUGCUUACCCGGCAACUGGAAGAAUUCCCGCGGGGAUUCGAUGCGAGCAACCAAAUCUGUGUGGGUUCGGAGAUGGCCCGGGACACCUGUAACGGCGACUCCGGCGGUCCUCUACUGAUUUACCACCAAAAAUAUCCUUGCAUGUACCAUGUUGUAGCAAUUACAUCGGCAGGAUUGUCCUGUGGUACUCCGGGAAUUCCCGGAAUAUAUACUCGCGUGUAUCCUUAUCUGAACUGGAUAACCCGAACCAUAGCCAAAUUUUAAAAAUGUAUUAAUAAAUGACAGUCCAACUAUAAAACCAACCCAA